GCGGCGGGGGGGAGGCUGUUUAAAGUGGCGCUCUUGCGGCGCGCGAAGGGGAUGGCGGCGCCGGCGGACUAUCCCCCGUUCCAGCUGGGGAAGCCCCGCUUCCAGCAGACUUCAUUUUAUGGCAGAUUCAGGCACUUCUUGGACAUCAUUGAUCCACGCACUCUCUUUGUUACUGAGAGUCGCUUGAAGGAAGCUGUGCAGUUGUUGGAGGAUUACAAGCAUGGGACUUUGCCCCCGGGAGUCACCAACAAGGAGCUGUGGGAAGCUCAAAAAAUAAAGCAGGCCAUCAUCCAUCCCGAUACAAAUGAGACCAUCUUCAUGCCUUUCCGAAUGUCAGGUUACAUUCCCUUUGGAACACCCAUCGUUGUUGGUCUUCUCUUGCCCAACCAGACGCUGGCAUCCACUGUGUUUUGGCAGUGGUUGAAUCAGAGCCACAAUGCCUGCGUCAACUAUGCAAACCGCAAUGCGACAAAGCCUUCUCCGACAUCCAAGUUCAUCCAGGGCUACUUGGGAGCUGUCAUAAGUGCUGUCUCAAUAGCAGUGGGCUCCACGCUUUUGCAGCUGAAGUACAAUCUGAGACCCUGCCCCACCAACCUCAACGCUUCGGACGAAGUCUUCCUGCAGCGGUGCAGAUGCCAAGAGGGUGUUGCUGUCUUCUUGUGUGAGUCCCACAACGACCCCGCCAGACAGGGCUUCCACGGGGAUGACCUUAGCGUGUGUGAAGAUUACCAUGAGUUCUGA